GAUCAUUUUUUCACUUCCUCUGUACUGGUGAAGAUUACCUCUUUUCUGCACAACCAAAAGCAAAGUGUAACCCAAACACACCACCUUUUAACACUCCCUUUAUUGAGAAGAAAAACAGCAGCUUAAUUAUACCAAGAAAAAAUCACAAAAUAAAUCCAUCAACAUUACCUCAUUUCCCUUUACCAAAAAAACCCAGCUAGAAAUCUUUAUCCCAAAACCUCAAAAAACCCAACAAAAAAAAAUAGAAAAUCAACCAUGGUAUAACCUUCCAAGAAUCCACAAAUGGGUUUGCCCACAAAGCCAUUUUACAGUAUAUUCUCACUUUUCUUGAUUAUAUUUACCAUUUUCAAGCUACUCCCACUAGCUAAAUCUGCACCAGAUUACACCAAGUUAGUAUACAAAGGUUGUGCAAAGCAAGAUUUAUCAGAUCCAACUGGGGUUUACUCACAAGCACUUUCAUCACUUUUUGGUACACUUGUUGCACAAUCCUCAAAAUCCAAGUUUUACAAAACUAGUACUGGUAAUGGCCAGUCUACUAUUUCUGGUCUUUUUCAGUGUAGAGGUGACCUUUCUAAUGUUGACUGUUAUAAAUGUGUGAGUGGUUUGCCUAUACUUAUAGAUAAGCUUUGUGGUAGUAAGCCUGUAGCUGCAAGAAUUCAACUAUUUGGUUGUUAUAUGCUGUAUGAGGUUGCUGGUUUCCCUCAAAUCUCUGGAAUGGAAAUGCUGUACAAGACUUGUAGUGGGAAAAAUUCUCCAGGUAGUGGAUUUGAGGAAAGAAGGGAUACUGCUUUUUCCACAUUGGAAAAUGACAUGGCUAGUAGUAAUGGCUUCUACACAACAAGCUAUCAAUCUGUGUAUGUGUUGGGGCAAUGUGAAGGGGAUGUUGGCUCUGCUGAUUGUGCUGAUUGUGUGAAAAUUGCUGUCCAAAAAGCUCAGGUGGAAUGUGGAAGUUCUGUUUCUGGCCAAAUCUUUCUGCACAAAUGUUUUAUUAGUUAUAAUAAUUAUCAAAAUGGGGUCCCAAAAACAUCAUCAUCAUCUUCAGAUUGGUCUCCUUCUUCAUCUUCAGAUUUGUUGUCCACAAAUCAUAUACUAAAGACAGCUGAAUUUAAUAAUCAUCGGAGGGUCAGGGCAAAAUGUAGGAAAGACUGUGGCUAUAAUAGUUGGAGGGGUAGCAGCAGCGGGAUUUCUCGUCAUUUGCUUGCUGUUCGCGAGGAAUCUAAUGAAGAAGCACGACGAUUAUUGAAGGGGUCAGAUUUGUUUACUAAGACUGGCAAAAGCUUUUCUGAGGUGGAUUUUGUGACUGCAAUUCUUGGUAUUCUUAAGUUAAACAGGAAAACAAGAACUGUUACUUUAAUUUUUAGGGCUUUGAAAUUGAAUGAAUGGUGAUAAAUUUGGAAAAUAGAUGUAAAUUUUACAUGUUUUUGUCAACUAUGAACAAGAUUAGAAAAGAGGCCUAAUGGCUUUUGGCUUUUUUAUCCAUUUGCCAUGUGCAUGUUGUCUCUUUUAACAAUUGACUUGAAUAAUGGUUCUCCAUUUUCUUCUAAA